AUGGAGCAGGACAAUGAUUGGCUUCAGCUGAUCGACAUGCUACUUGGAAAAUCUGAGUUUCUUUAUCUCAACAUUGACAGCAUAUACUCUGAUGCCAUCAAAUACAGACGAUUGGAUGUAGCCUAUCGAUUGGAGGGACUGUCACUCAAUCACACUGGACCUCGCAUUGAGGAUCCAAGCAGAGCAUUGAACACUGCACUGGGCAUGGUGGUUGGUCAAGGUGCAAUCAACGAGGACUUGGUGGUGAGGGUGCUCAGAAACAAUCCCAAACAUCUAUUUAAGGCGAUCAAGAUGAAUGCACUCGAAAAACUUCAACCAGGGACACAAGACCUACUUCUACGCACAGUUCGUGAUGGACAACUCAUCUUUGACAUGGAUCCACUUGGUAUCUCUGCAGACUCUAUCAAUCUAUUGACGGUCCAUGAGCAUCAAAGGGACGAUAGAUUGAGUGAGCGUAUGAUGCUCCAAGCAGUAAUAUUGGGUGAUGCUGAAAUGUUAUAUUCACCAUGGCUAGACUAUCGAGAAGUGUUCUUAACAGCAUGCAAGACUGGACAACCUGUCGAGGUGAUACGAUCACUCCGUCAGAUGACCAAACUUGAUAUAGCACCCAUCAUCCAAGAUUGUUUGGUACAUCUUCUCAAUCAUACCAAAACAAUGGAUCUCAUCCUUGACCACUCGUUCGACCAAUGCAUUGAGGCCAUCGACUACAUUCUUUCCACAACUGAGCACACCCAGCGAGUUGAUAAGUCAAUUCUUGGACACUUCAAUUCAUCUGAUGUCUUGAGAUUUUGCGGUCAGACCAAGUCGAAACCUAUUGAUGUCAGCGUGAUAGGAUCAAGACUGAUCAGAUUCAUUUGGAGCAAGAUUACACAACAACAGAGACGCGAUUCAAUGUUCAUCAAUUCACUAUUGUCAUCAGAGGCCGCAUCAAACAGCUUCACAUUCUAUCGCAUAGUGUUGGAGGGCUUGUUGGAGGACAAUCAUUUCCAAACACCAUUUAUCAACGUUCCAACAAUACCAGAGGUCACCAGAAAUAUUCAAUCAUACAGACGAUACUCUGACAUUCGAUCAAUCAUCAGAUUAUUCCAUCCAUUCAGUUUCAAUCCAAAUCUAAUCAAGUUGACAGACAAACCCAAGCUCAUCUAA